AUGCAGACUUAUACAAGGUCCAGACAGCGCUGGGCUCUGUGGUCCAGUGGAGAUGAGUGCAAGAUCGUUUGCAUAAGAGAUGGGACUGAAGACCCCACCCUGUGGUGUUUCACUUUAUGGUGGCAUCCGCUGGACUGGACAGGACUGGCAACCCGUGGAACUGCCACAACCACUGUCACUCCUACCACCACCAACGCCCCAACAACCACUGAAGUUGUAACCACUGUAGCACCUACUACCACUGAAGCCUUAACAACCACUGAAGAUUCCACAACCAAUGUAACACCUAUUACCACUGACACCCUAACAACCACUGAAGCUGCAACCACUGUAGCUCCUACUACCACUGAAGCCCAAACAACCAUUCCAACUGCAAAUACCACUGUAGCUCCAACGACACCUAAGGCCCAAUUAACCACUGUAGCUCCUACUACCACUGAGGCCCCAAAAACCACUGAAGUUGCCACAACCACUGCCCAAACAACCACUGAAGCUGCUACAACCAUUGUAACUCCUACUAUCACUGAGGCCCAAACAACCACUGUAGCUGCAACAACCACUGUAGAUCUAACAACUACUGAGGCCCCAACAACCACUGAAGCUACCAUAACCACAGUAGCUCCUACUACCACUGGCGCUCCAACAACCACUGAGGCUGUAACAACCACAGGAGCUUAUACAACUACUGAGACUCCAACAACCACUGAAGCUGCAACAACCACUGUAUCUCCUACUUUUACUGAGGCCCCAACAACCACUGAAGCUACCACAACCCCUCUAGCUCCUACUACCACUGAAGCUGCCACAAUCACAGAAGCUGCCACAACUACUGCAGCUCUUACCACCACUGAGGCCCCAACAACCACUGAAGCUGCCACAACUACUCUGCCACAACCACAGAAGCUGCCACAACUACUGCAGCUCUUACCACCACUGAGGCCCCAACAACCACUGAAGCUGCCACAACUACUAAGCUGCCACAACUACUUUCUUACUACCACUGAGGCCCUAACAACCACAGAAGCUGCCACAACUACUGUAGCUCUUACUACCACUGAGGUCCCAACAUCCACAGAAGCUGCCACAACUACUGUAGCUCCUACUACCACUGAGGCCCUAACAACCACAGAAGCUGCCACAACCACUGUAGCUGCUCUUACUACCACUGAGGUCCCAACAUCCACAGAAGCUGCCACAACUACUGUAGCUCCUACUACCACUGAGGCCCUAACAACCAUAGAAGCUGCCACAACCACUGUAGCUCCUACUACCACUGAGGCCCUAACAACCACAGAAACUGCCCCAACCACUGUAGCUCUUACUACCACUGAGGCCCCAACAACCACAGAAGCUGCCACAACUACUGUAGCUCUUACUACCACUAAGGCCCUAACAACCACAGAAGCUGCCACAACUUUUGUAGCUCUUACUACCACUGAGGUCCCAACAUCCACAGAAGCUGCCACAACUACUGUAGCUCCUACUACAACUGAGGCCCUAACAACCACAGAAGCUGCCACAACCACUGUAGCUCCUACUACCACUGAGGCCCUAACAACCACAGAAACUGCCUCAACCACUGUAGCUCUUACUACCACUGAGCUGCCACAACCACAGAAGCUGCCACAACUACUGCAGCUCUUACCACCACUGAGGCCCCAACAACCACUGAAGCUGCCACAACUACUCUGCAACAACCACUCUGCCACAAUCACAGAAGCUGCCACAACUACUGCAGCCCUUACCACCACUGAGGCCCCAACAACCACUGAAGCUGCCACAACUACUGUAAAUCCUACUGAGGCCCCAACAUCAACAGAAGCUGCCACAACCACUGCCCCAACAUCCACAGAAGCUGUCACAACUACUGUAGCUCUUACUACCACUAAGGCCCUAACAACCACAGAAGCUGCCACAACUACUGUAGCUCUUACUACCACUGAGGCUGUUACAUCCACAGGAGCUCAUAUAACUACUGAGGUUCCAACAACCACUGUAGCUCCUACUUCUAUUGAGGCCCCAACAACCAUUGAAGCUACCACAACCACUGUAGUUCCUUCUACCACUGGCGCUCCAACAACCACUGAAGCUGUAACAACCACAGGAGCUCAUAUAACUACUGAGGUUCCAACAACCAGUGUAGGUCCUACUACUACUGAGGUCUCAACAACCAUUGAAGCUGUCAUAACCACUGUAGCUUCAACUACCACUGAUUCCCUAACAACCACUGAAGCUGCAACAACCACUGCCCAAACAACCACUAAAGCUGUAACAACCACUGUAGCACCUACUACUACUGAGGCCCCAACAACCACUGAAGCUGCAACAGCCACUGUAGCUCCUCCUACUACUGAGGUCCCAACAACCACUGAAGUUGGAACAACCACUGUAACUCCUACUUCCACUGAGGCCCCAACAACCACUGAAGCUGCCACAACCAAUGUAGCUCCUGCUACCACUGAGGCCCCAACAACCACUGAAGCUGCCACAACCAAUGUAGCUCCUGCUACCACUGAGGCCCCAACAACCACUGAAGCUACCACAACCAAUGUAGCUCCUGCUACCACUGAGGCCCCAACAACCACUGGAGCUGCAACAGCCACUGUAACUCCUACUUCCACUGAGGCCCAAACAACCACUGGAGCUGCAACAACCACUGGAGCUCCUGCUACCACUGAGGCCCCAACAACCACUGAAGCUGCCACAACCAAUGUAGCUCCUAUUACCACUGAGGCCCCAACAACCACUGAAGCUGCCACAACCACUUUAGCUCCUAAUACCACUGAGGCCCAAACAACCACUGAAGCUGCAACAUCUUCUGUAGCUCCUACUUCCACUGAGGCCCCAACAACCACUGAAGCUCCCACAACCACUGAGACCCCCUCAACAACCAUUGAAGCCGCCACAUCCACUGAGACCCUAACAACCACUGAUGUUGCUACUACCACAGAGGCAAUUUCCAAUGAAGUUGUAACAUCCACGGAGGCCCCAACAACCACAGAAACUAUCACAACAAUUGCUCCUACUACCACUGAGGUCCUAACAACAACUGAAACUGCCACAACCACUGUAGCACCUACUACCACUGAGGCCUUAACAACCACUGAAGAUUCCACAACCAAUGUAACACCUAUUACCAUUGACACCCCAACAACCACUAAAGCUGCAACCACUGUAGCUCCUACUACCGCUGAGGCCCAAACAACCACAGAAACUGUCACAACCACUAUAACUCCAACGACGACUAAGGCCAAAUUAACCACUGUAGCUGCAACAACCACUGUCGCUCCUACCAUCACUGACGCCCCACCGACCACUAAAGCUGCCACAACCACUCUAGCUCCUUCAACGAUUGGGACUCUAAUAACCACAAAAGCUGCCACAACCACUGCCCCAACAACCACUGAAGCUGACACAACCACUGUACCUCCGACUACCAAUGAAGCCCCAACAACCACAACUGUAGUUCCUACUACUACUGAGGCCCCAACAACCACUGAUCCAGCAACAACCACUGAAGCUGCUACAAUCACUGUAGCUCCUACUACCACUGAGGCCCAAACAACCACUGAAGCUGACACAACCACUGUACCUCCGACUACCACUGAAGCCCCAACAACCACAGUAGAUCCUACAACUACUGAGGCCCCAACAACCACUGAUCCAGCAAAGUUCCUACAACUACUGAGGCUCCAACAACCACUGAAGCUGAAACAACCACUUGAAGCUUCCACAACCACUGUAGCUCCUACUACUACUGAGGCCCUAACAACUACUGAUCCAGCAAUAACCACUGGAGCUGCCACAACCACUAAGGCCCCAACAACCUCUGAAGCUGCAACAACCACUCCUACUACCACUGAGGCCCCAACAACCACUGAAGCUGCAACAACCACUGUAGCUCCUACUCAACAACCACUGGAGCUGCCACAACCACUAAGGCCCCAAAAACCUCUGAAGCUGCAACAACCACUCCCCAACAACCACACUCCUACUACCACUGACGCUCCAACAACUUCUGAUGCUGUAACAACCACAGUAGUUCCUACAACUACUGUGGCUCCAACAACCACUGCAACUGCAACAACCACUGUAGCUCCUACUGCUACUGAAGCUGCUGCCACAACCACUGUAGUUCCUACUACUACUGAGGCUCCAACAACCACUUAUCAAGCAACAACCACUGAAGCUGCUACAACCACAGUAGCUCCUAGUACCACUGAGGCCCAAACAACCACUGAAGCUGCAACAACCACUAUAGCUCCUAGUACCACUGGGGCCCAAACAACCACUGAAGCUGUAACAACCACUCAAGCUCCUAUUACCACUGAUUCCCCAAGAACCACCGAGACCCCAACAACCACAGUAGCUCCUUCUACUACUGAGGAAACAACAACCACUGAAGCUGCAACAACCACAGCAGCUCCUCCUACCACUGAGGCCCAAACAACCACUGAAACUGCAACAACCACAGUAGCCCCUACUACCACUGAGGCCCCAACAGCCUCUAAAGCUGCUACAACCACUGUAGUUCCUAUAACUACUGAAGCCCCAACAUCCACUGAACCUGCAACAACCACUGCCCCAUUAACCACUGAAGCUGUCACAACCACUGUAGCUCCUACUACCACUGAAGAAGCAACAACCACCAAAACUGCCACAACCUCAGUAGCUCCUACUACCACUGAGGCCAUAAAAACUACUAAAUUUGCCAGAACCACUGCAGCUCCUACUACCACUGAGGCCCUAAGAACAACUGAAGCUACCACUGAGGCAAUUUUCACUGAAGUUGUCACAUCCACUGAGGCCCACAAAACCACAGAAACUACCACAAUUGAUCAUAGUGAUGAACCUAGGUUUCAUAUUGUGCAAACAGUUAUCAUUAUCAAUUUUUUCCACAUGGCUAAAAAGACCUUGGAGCAAAGGACUCGUUCCUGCUUCUGGGAAGCUACCACAACCACAGUAACUCCAACAACCUCUGAAACUGCCACAACCACCAUAGCUCCUACUACAACUGAAGUUGCCACAACCAGUGUAGCUCCUACUACCACUGAGGCCACAACAACCACUGAAACUGCCACAAACACCGUAGCUCCUACUACCACAGAACCUCCAACAACCACCAAAGCUGUAAAAAACACUGUAGCUCCUACAACUACUGAGGCCUCAACAACCACUGAAGCUGCAACAACCACUGUAGCACCUACUACCAAUGAGGCCCCAACAACCGUUGAAGCUGUCACAACCACUGUAGCUCCUACUACACUCCUACUACCACAACCACAGAAGCUGCAACAGCCACUCUGCAACAACCACUCUCCUACUACCACUGAGGCCCCUACCACCACUGAGGCCCCAGCAACCGCUAAAGCUGCCACAACCACUGUAGCUCCUACAACCACUGAGGCACAAACAACUACUGAAGCUGCAGCAACCACUGUAGCUCCUACUACAACUGACGCCCAAACAACCACUGAAGCUGCCCCGACAACCACUGAAGCUGCAACAACCACUGCAGCUCCUACAACCACUGAGGCACAAACAACCACUAAAGCUGGCACAACCACUGUAGCUCCUACUACUACUGAGGGAACAACAACCACUGAUCCAGCCCCAGCAACCACUGAAGCUCCCACAACCACUGUAGCUCCUACUACAACUGACGUCCCAACAACUACUGAAGCUGCAACAACCACUGUAGCUGAUACUAUCACUGAGGCUGCAACAACCACUGAAGCUGGAACAACCACUGUAACUCCUACUAUCACUGAGGCCCAAACAACUACUGAAGCUGCAACAACCACUGAAGCUGCCACAACCACUGAAGCUCCUACUUCCACUGAGGCCCAAACAACCACUGUAGGUCCUACUACCACUGAAGACCCAACAACCACUGAAGCUGCAGCAACCACUGUAGCCCCUACUACCACUGAGGCCCCAAUAACCACUGAAGCUUCAACAACCACUGUAGCUCCUACUACCACUGUGGCAACAACUGCAACAACCACUGUAGCUCCUUCUACCGCUGAGGCCCCAACAACCACUGAAUCUGCCACAACCACUGAGACCCCCUCAUCAACCAUUGAAGCCGCUACAUCCACUGAGACCCGAAUAACCACUGUCACAACCAUUGAUGUUGCUACUACCACAGAGGCAAUUUCCACUGAAGUUGUCACAUCCACGGAAGCCCCAACAACCACAGAAACUAUCACAACAAUUGCUGCAACAACCACUGUAGCUUCUACUACCACUGAAGCCCCAACAACCACUAAAGCCGCAACAACCACUGAAACUGUCACAACCACUGUAGCUCCUACUGCCACUAAGGCUUCAACAACUACUGAAGCGGCAACAACCAUUGCAACAACCACUAAAGCUCCUACUACCACUGAGACCCCAACAACCACUGAAGCUGCAACAACCACUAUAGCUCCUACUACCACUGACGCCCCAACAACCACUGAAGCUGCAACAACUACUGAAGCAGCCACAACCACUCUCCUACUACCACUGAAGCCCAAACAAUCACUGAAGCCGCAACAACCACUGAAGCUGCAACAACCACUGUAG